AGGGAGCUUGAGGAGUGGCUGGAAGGAGAGAAACGUUAGCUAGCUAGCUAUUAUUAGCUUUUAAAACAGUUAAUUAUUGCAUAAUAGAGGACUUUAUGUGAGAACUAUUCUAGCCGAAGAGGACGGGAGAGAAAGAUGACUGGGGAAAGUGAGUUGGCGAUAAAAGAGGCGUUUCAGCGCGCUCAGAAAGGACACAAUAACAAGGCUAAACUGGUGGCCAGUCUCAAGAACACGUACAACAAGUUGGAGGACAAGACAUUGUUCCACGAGGAGUUUUUCCAGUACCUGAAGCACGCCAUGAUCGUGUACAAGAGAGAACCGGCUGUGGAAAACGUCAUAGAGUUCGUCUCCAAAUUCUCCACCAGCUUCCAGACGCCUUCCACCGAGGGAGGAGAGGAAGAGGACGAUGAAGAAGAGGACGAGAACCCCUUCCUCAGUUACAUGUUCAACUUCCUGUUGGAGUCCCACAAGGCCAACAGCCACGCGGUGAGGUUCCGUGUGUGUCAGCUGAUCAACAAGUUGCUAGGCAGCAUGGCGGAGAACGCCCAGAUCGACGAUGACCUUUUUGACGGUAUCCACCAGGCCAUGUUGGUCCGAGUCACAGACAAGUUCCCCAACGUCAGGAUCCAAGCCUCUCUGGCCAUGGCUCGACUACAGGAACCGCAGAACCACCAAUGUCCCACUGUUAAUGCCUAUCUGUUGAUCUUGGAGAAUGAUUCCAACCCGGAGGUUCGUCGAGCCGUUCUGUCCUGCAUCGCCCCCUCCUCUCUCACCCUCCCCAAGAUACUGAAACGCACCAGAGACGUCAAGGAGAGUGUCCGCAAACUGGCUUACCAGGUUCUGGCAGACAAGGUCCACAUCAGAGCUCUGAGUAUCGCCCAGAGGGUCAGUCUGCUGCAGCAGGGUCUCCACGAUGCCGCAGACUCGGUGAGGGAGGUGGUGCAGGUCCGUCUCCUCCCAGCCUGGCUGAAUCUGCUCCAGGGUGACGUGUUGGAGCUGUUACACAAACUGGAUGUAGAGAACUGCUCUCAGACCGCCCUGGACACACUGACCGCUCUGUUCACACACACACCUCAGGACCAGCUGCUGGACCACCGCCUCCAGCUGGACAACAGGAUGCUGGUCCCGGCUGGGUCUCUGUCCUGUGAGGGCGUGUUGUACUGGAGAGCUCUGUGUGAGUUCAUUAAGACUAAAGGAGAUGAAGGAGAGGAGAUGUUGGAGAAGCUGCUGCCAGAGGCUGCUAUCUUCUCUGACUACCUCUACGGAUAUGUGAAGGGCCUGCCAGUGCUGUCUGCAAACCAGAGAAGCAUUACUACUAGGUAUGUGAAGCGUGUCCCGGUGCUGUCUGAAGAGCAGAAAGGAGACUUUGCUCAGCUGGAGGAGGUGAUGACUAAAGAAUUUAUCUCUCAACAACUCAUCCACCUCACUGGCUGUCUGGAUACCAAUGAAGAGGGAGGAAGGAAGCGUGUGGUGGCUGUGUUACAGGAGAUGCUGGUCCUACCUCAGACUCCUGCCUCUCUGGUCUCUCUGCUGACGGAGAAACUACUGACCCUGAUACCUGACGAUCACAGACGCACUCAGACCGUGGCGGAGGCGAUCUCGGAGGUGCGUGAGCCCAUCGUAGUCGUCAGACAGCCGCUGGAUGAGAACGAGAACCGCAGGAAACAAGUUAAGGUAAUCACUCUGCUGUAUCUCUCCUUUAUUCUCUCUCUAAUCCUCCCUCUUUCCAUCCUCUCCCUCUCUCUUCUCUCUCUAAUCCUCCCUCUUUCCAUCCUCUACCCCUCUCUCCUAUUCCCUCUCCUUUACCUCUCCCUCUCUCUACAAAAGAAUAUCCUUAUCAUGAGGUAUUCUACCUCAGGAGAGCAGAUAUAAACUCUCUUGGUAAAU